AGCGGGGACCGAGAAAAUGAAUCGGAGUUUCAACAAGUCUCAGACUCUGCGGUACCUGGAGUGCAGCGCGGUGGAAGUGAAGAGCAAGUUUGGGGCAGAGUUCAGACGGUUCUCCCUGGAUCGCUACAAGCCAGGAAAAUUUGAAGACUUCUAUAAACUAAUCCUUCACAUUCAUCACAUAGCCAACCUGGAGGUUAUGAUUGGAUAUGCUGAUGUGCAUGGAGACCUUCUCCCUAUUAAUAAUGACGACAACUUCUUCAAGGCUGUUUCAAGUGCUCACCCACUGCUCAGGGUUUUUAUACAAAGGCAAGAUGAGGUGGACUACAGUAAUUUUGGUACCAACACAUUGUCAAGGAAGAAGAAGGCUCUGGUGACCCUCCGCAAUGACAACCUCCGCCGGCGUCCUCAUAUUAACAUCAGCAUGCCUCAUGAUUUUAGACCAGUGUCUUCUAUAAUUGAUGUGGAUAUUCUUCCUGAAACACACAGGAGAGUGAGGCUGUAUCGACAUGGCUGUGAGAAACCAUUAGGAUUUUACAUUCGUGAUGGUACCAGCGUAAGGGUUACUCCUCAUGGACUAGAAAAAGUACCUGGUAUCUUCAUCUCUCGUAUGGUUCCUGGAGGCUUAGCGGAGAGCACAGGCUUGCUGGCUGUGAAUGAUGAAGUCCUGGAAGUUAAUGGUAUUGAGGUAGCAGGAAAGACUCUUGACCAAGUCACAGACAUGAUGAUUGCUAACAGCCAUAAUCUUAUAAUCACGGUCAAACCAGCAAACCAGAGGAACAAUAUUAUUCGAAGCAGUAGGACGUCUGGUAGCUCUGGCCAGUCUACAGAUAGCACUGCUAGUCACCAUAGCUUGCCUACAUCCCAUGUGCUGCAAAACUUCCACCCUGAUGAAAUGGAGAGCGAUGAGGAGGCUGACAUUGUCAUUGAAGGCGGUCUUGAGCCGCAGCACAUUCCUAAACUGCACAGCCUUACAUCUAAUAGCCUCUCUCGAAUCAAUGGCAGCAGCCUUAGCCACAGACUUCAAAGGGACCUGGUGCUCAACAACAACUCUGGCCGAGAAAGCAAUGGCAAUAUCCACAAAUUACUCAGUUCCUUAAAAACUGAUCCCCGGCACAGUCUGGUUAUCCCCAGAGGAGGCAUUGAGGAGGAUGGAACAGUCAUCACACUUUAGUGGCAAUUCCUGCAACUCUGUUCUCAGUCUUAAGUGCCAAUUGGGACAAUUAAGUCUUGCAACAUGUGAUGCACAAAACAAAGAGAACUGAUAUUCUCACAGACCUCACAGGUGCAAAAGAUGUUGCUUUUUAGGAAACACAGCAUCUGGAAUUAGACGUAAAACUGUCAUGCACUGCAAAAUUUGCCAGGGGAAGCCAGAGUGUAAAACUCAUGUAAAACACAGCCCUAAAUAGUUUGUAUAAAUCUAAGCAGCCUUAUAGGCUACCAAUGGCUAUAGGCUACCAAUGGCAGUGCUACAUACUUGGGUUUGAAUGCAUGGGUGGAUGUAUUUAUACAUGCAUGUAUAUAUGAAUUAGAUUUUAAUAGUAAUAACAGACCUGCCAUUUGAAGUGGAGUCUGUUUUUCCUCUAAUACCAGUUUUAAGAGUGCUUUGUAAUAGCCAUCUGUUCUUCUACCAUUACAUACAGACUUUCCACUAACUUGUUUACACUAUAUUUACCAUGUUAUGUCUAAUCCAGACAAGCUCCAUAAAAGUAGCAGUUUCCUACUCUGGAACAAUGCUAGGAGAUGCUGCAAAUAUAUUUUUCCAAAUGAAACUGACCAAAUGAAACAUAAAUGAAAUAUAUAUUUUUUGUAAAGCCUGAGGAAAGGAGAGUGGAGUGUGUUCAUGCUGUUAUUGCUUUGAGAUCAGCACCACCUGCUGGUCAGAGGCAGUCCUGCCUGCAAUGCAAAUUUGUACUGUAUGGGAAAAGAAAAAUAGAUUCAAGGAGGGUUUUAAAAUAGGUUCAGCACCAUUAAGUGGAAAGUGCAUUCUUUUUCUUUUUUGAUAUUUAUUAGAUAAUACCUCUUUCAAAUUGCUGGCUUUUUCAUUGUCUUUUUUUUCUUCUUUUUUCUUUUUUUCCUUUUUUUGUAUCAUGGUUCAUGUAAAUUUUAGGGAUACAUGCAAGACGGCAGCAAAAUCAGAUAGUGGACACUAGGACUGUGUCCCACAUCUCGGAGCCAAAACAGAUUCUUGCUGUAUGUUCGGGGCAACCUGAAGUCUUUCCUUACAAAAGAUUGGCUUACUGUAAUACAUAUGAGGGAUAUAGACUGACUUUCAAACCUAACUUGAAAUAGUUAUUAUUUUUUGACUCUUCUAGUAAUCAUAAAGCUUGAUAUUUACACACAAUUUUUAGAAAUUAAAAUAUACUGAAUGUUUGGGAUUACGAGAGAUCUUCAUUGGAUGCUAGUUAGUGGCUAGCCAGUGACUCUUGACUCAGUAACUGUUCACUUCUGAAAAUGCCCUGAAUUUAUUAAAGUGGUCUAAUCUAAAAUAUUAUGUUAUAUCUUGAUCAGUGUAAGGAACAAAAUAUAAAUGUUUUACAAUGUAUUUUCUACUUUUAGCUUGUUUGUCAUUUUCUUUUUGUUUUUUAACUUUGU